GGCAAGAUAAGCACGUAAGUAGGGUCCCCUUCAAACCACAUUUCAGAGGGAGACGGAGAGAGAGAGAGAGAGAGAGAGCUAUGGUUGAAGCGAUUCUUCUAACGCAGUCCUCACACAUUCUCUUCUCAAACUCUCGUUUCACAUCUCAUCUCUCUCCUCUCCAUCUCCGCCGCUCCCACCACCACCGCCACAACACCGGUUUCAACCUCAGAGUCCGGUGCGAGGCAGCAGCGAGAUCGACGACAGUAUCAUCAGCAGAGAUUAAAAAGAAGCAGAGAAAGAGCGUUUACGAGAUAGAAAACCUAACGACAUGGCUGUUGAAGCAAGAACAGGCAGGUCACAUAGAUGCCGAGCUCACAAUUGUGCUUUCCAGCAUAUCAUUGGCUUGCAAGCAGAUCGCUUCUCUCCUGCAGAGGUCCAGCAUCGUCAACCUCACUGGAACUCACGGCACCGUCAAUAUCCAAGGCGAACAUCAGAAGAAACUCGACGUUAUCUCCAAUGAGGUGUUCUGUAACUGUCUGAGAUCUAGUGGGAGGACAGGGAUUAUAGCAUCAGAGGAAGAAGACGUACCAGUUGCAGUUGAAGAGAGUUACUCUGGAAACUACGUUGUUGUAUUUGACCCCAUUGACGGAUCCGCCAACAUCGACACUGCUCUAACUACAGGAUCCAUCUUCGGCAUCUAUGGCCCCGAUGAGCAAUGCCUCCUCAACCUUGAUGAUGAUUCCACACUUGGUCAAGAAGAACAGAAGUGCAUCGUCAGCGUUUGCCAGCCCGGUAGCAACUUACUGGCUGCAGGGUAUUGUCUGUACUCGAGUGCAGUGAUCCUCACAGUGUCACUUGGGAGAGGGGUGUUUGGCUUCACCUUGGACCCAGGCUACGGAGAAUUUGUUCUAACUCAUGAAGACAUCAAGAUACCAAAAACAGGCAAAAUUUACUCAUUCAAUGAAGGAAACUAUGAUUUGUGGGAUGACAAGUUGAAGAAAUACCUCAACCACCUGAAGCAGCCUGGGGCCAAUGGGAAGCCCUACUCUGGCCGAUACAUAGGCUACCUUGUUGGUGAGAUCCAUAGAAUGCUGCUGUGUGGUGGAGUGUAUGGGAACCCCAAGAGCAAGAAUGCCAAGAAUGGGAAUCUGAGGCUGUUGUAUGAGUGUGCGCCGAUGAGCUAUUUGGUGGAACAAGCUGGUGGGAAGGCAAUUGAUGGACAUCAGAGAAUACUAGAAAUCAAACCAACUCAGAUUCACCAGCGUUCUUCAAUUUUCAUUGGAAGCCCAGAUGAAAUAGAGAAAUUGGAGAAGUACUUGGCUUGAGAAAUACCAAGGCUAGGUAUCCAAAUUGUUUACUGUCCACAAUUCUAUAUAAAGUUUCAAGCAUGUUUAUAUUAUUUGCCGUGGAAUUUUGAAGGAAAAAAAUAUAUUAUUCAAACAAGAAUAUCAAAGUGUGCAAUUCAAUUUGUUAGCACAACAAUUGCAUCAGUAUGCCCAAAAGUUUGAAUUUUUCCAGCACUACUUGAAAUGAAAUUGAAACGUGGAAAGAAAAAAGGAAAAAAAAAAGUUCUUGUAUCAAGUAGUAGCCGUGUUGUUAUAAACAACUAUGAUCCAACUUCUACUAGUAUAAUUUUUUUAUUGGAAAGCCCAUAUAAAAUUGGAGAAUUACUUGUGA